CAUAAUUCCCCUUGGCCCUGGGUCACAUUACAUGCUGACACAGAGUGCAUUUUUUUUCCCAGAUAAAUUUACUCUGACUGCCACACUGCAUUAAGCAUUUUACUGUGGAAAACAAGAACCCCAGACUGAUUUACCCUAGGCAGGUUUUGAGGCAUGAUAUUCAAGCUGAAUAUAAGACUGUAGAAUGCGUGUAUUGAAAGAUGGAAAGCAGGAUGCAUACUUCAAACCAUAUCUGUCAGUGUUUGAGUUGAGUGUUAUUUCUGUUAUAUGAGCUGAAAUGGUGUGUGUGUUAAUGCAUGUUUGAGGGCAUGCGAGUCAGAGUGGGCUGGGUUAUCAGAGCAGAGAGACAGAAGGCAGUUUGCGGUGGACAGGGGAGAAUUUCACAUUCUUCAUCUCAACUUUGUCCGUCGCAGUCAUCUGCACAUUGCUGCGUGUCACUGGCACACACUCUCUCUUCUUUCUUUCUUUGCUUUUCCUCUGAUUCAGCUUGAUUGUCAUUCUUCUUAUUCUUAUUCUUAUUCUUUUACCAUCUUCUACCAGAAUAGUUAUUUCUUUCGGUUGCUUUAUCUGUAUCCUUUCAUUCUAUAUCUGACAGUCUGGCUUCAUUUACAUAUUUUAUUUGCAUAACCUAUUGCAAUUUGGUGGUACCAGAUGGAGUCAAAGCAUCAUGGACCUCGACCUCAAAGACCCACAAGUCCAGCCAUGCCUUUCGUAGGUUGGCCCCACACACCUGGACGUGAAGGCCCAGGUCGGAUGUUGCUACGUGAGAUGCUUUGGCAGCUGGAGCAAAGAGUACUUCAGGUUCGAGAGGAGGAGUUCCAGUACUGCAUCUCCCAUGGCAUUCUGGGAUACCGUCACCCAGCAAACCCAAGCCUGCUUGCCGUUAUACCUGCCUCUGAACACCGCCAGCUAGAGCGCCUCUGUGGCCGCAUCCAACCCUCACACACUGCCACUGUACUUUCCAGACUCCAUGAUCUUUUGGCCCACAAUGACAUACCUCCCUGGGAACUGGUGGGUGUCUUCAAGCAAGUUCUUAGAGACUUCCUGAGGAGACAGGAAGACGGCAUGCAGAGACAUCCAGCCCCUUCAGCCCCAUCAACAACUCUUUCUGCUUCCAGUCCACCUACAGAGAGUAAUGACAGAAAUGCAUCUAGUUCUUUAUCAGAGGAGACAGGGAAGCACAGGGAGGAAAUUCCUACUAUUUCUAGUUAUGUGGAUAAACAUUUGCGUGCUGCUUGCCCCUACUCCAUUCACAGAGAUUGGAGUCUGCCCUUUUGCCAUCCUUUUGCUUAUGAGGCUUACAGCACCACAUUGUGAGACACUUAAUUGUAGAAGUUCAACAUGUGCUCAUGGCAAUUCAUAACGAUUUUAUGUUUUGGCAAAUUGAUGGCUAAUUUGUAUGAAUUUGUAGUCUCAUUUCUCUUAUGUUUUUGUAUGAUCUCCUUGCAUCUGGCUGAUUGUUAGGUUUAGGGGUGGACCUUAACAUAAAGCCUUUUAAAUGUACUAAAAAUCACACAUUUUCAUACAAAUCACAUCCUACAAAUUCAUAUGAAAUUACCACCUCUUAA